UGGAGUCUAGUUCAGUAGUGCGUCCUGAGAGGAUGGUCCGGUGCCGCUGCCCGUCUGCUCGGCGUUCACUGGCACCGUCGUCUCCUGUCAGUGUCAAGCGUUGCCCGGUGCCCGCCGCGCCAGCCCUCACAGAAUAAGCGUCGCGGUUGUGUCUUUCUGAACGCUGUGAGGCGCGUGUGUCAUAUCCAAGACGAGACAGAUAAGAAGUAAAGUUAAAGCUCCGGAGAAAGAAAAGAAGAGGAAGAGAAAGAAAAAGGAAAAAAAAAAUCUGUUAAAGAAAGUCUACUAACUGAGAAAUAAGAAAAGUGUAAACUCGAGGAAGUUAACUUAGAAAAAAAAGUGUGAAGUUUCAGUGUAAUAUUUAUCCUCGCUUCGCAUCUGCUGAGCGCCCGUCUCCUUGAUCCUCCUUCCAGCCCUCCUUCUCCCCACUGGUCCUCCUCUUCCCGCUAUUCUCUACUUCCCGGAGAGGCGAGGGACCACCGACACCAGGAAGAGCAGGAGCGUGAGAACCUGCUCAUCAACUCACUCUCACCCCUCCCCUCCUGAGCAUGACACCUGAGUGGUCGCUCAUUAGCACCUGGUGACGUGUGCCAUCUCCAUCAUCAACACCUUUGUCAUCUGCAUCGGUACACUUCUCUCCAGCUGUGGUCGAAGAGAGAUGAGACAUCACGGAGCUGGGAAAGGCCUGAGGAUGGCGGCGAGCGGUCAUUGCCAUGGACGCUGAGGGCGACCCGUCGAGGUCCGCGACAGCUAGAGUCGUGCCGCGCGUUGCUGUGCUUUUGUUGUAAUUCGCACUUGGAAAAGAAAAUGUGUUUAAAGGCCUCUCAUAGACGGUUGGCCAAGUGAUACGCAGUGACAAAGCUAAGCGUGAGGAGGCCUGGCAGGCGGCAGCAUGACGUGGACGCGGCCAGCCUGGUGCAGGCGGGCGGGCAUGACGCUGGUGGUGGCGGCGGUGGUCCUGGCGGGGGUGGCGGCAGUGGGGGCGGCGUCCGUGAGUGGGGGCGGCUCACAACAACAGCUCACUCAGGAGGAGAGGCUCUACCACCCCCGUUCUCCCUUGUACCGCCACGCCCGCGCCCGCCGCCUCGCUAGUCCCCCCACCAAGGAGUCUGAACCCUCUGGGGAUGUCGGCGCUAUGGUUGGGCGUCUACAACAGCUCACAAAUACCUCCACGUCCGCUGUGGUGAACACAACGGCAGGCGGCGGCGGUGGAGGGAAGGGCGGAGGGAAUAUAGUAAAGCCGCAGGAGGUGAGAAGGCGAGGGAAAACCCGCGAAAAUGUGCUCCUGUCGGUUAGUAAGACGCGUAGCUACAACACGUUCAUAGACACGAGUAGAGUCAACAAGAGCAAGAGGUCGCCCCGCAUGGUGAAAUGUGCUAUCGAGCCGCCCAUAUUAAAACUGCCCCAGAGCGACGACCACGUGAUCGACGUGGCGGUGAUCGUGCCGUGUAACGAGUCGCACCAGUACUCCCGCAUGAAGGUGCUGCCCGUGGUGGAGCUGGCCGUGCGCUACCUCCAGGAGAACGGCCUCCGCGGACCUCUGGAAAACUACACCAUCAAUAUCCGCUACAGGGAUUCGCGGCUGUCCUCCACCUACGGCCCGCUCGCUGCCGUCGACCUCUUCUUCAAUAACUCCGCAGGUGAGUGUGCGAAGUGUUGUUACCUGUGGUUUCAAGGCCCUGGCGCUGUGCUCAUUUUUAUCUUCUUUCAUUCAACGCAUGUUUUUUUAUCACCUCCCUCGGCAGGUAAGUGUGGAGAGGUAUUGGUACGUGUACGAACUCCAAAGGCCUGGCACUCCGCUUUUAUUUUCUCUUCCUUUAGGGACUACAUAUUUCUUGUUCUUUGUUUAAUAUUUGGAUGAUAUUAUUGUACCUCC